AGCCGAGGAAGACUGAUUGGAUAAACCCGCCAGAUUUGCCGAGUGUAAACAGUGCCGGAUGUUCUUUUUUCUUUUUAAUCCACACGCCAUUGGGAUGUUUUUAACUUUUUAACGGUUGCUACGCCAAUCUAUAACAAUGACUUCCAACGGAAGAGGAUUUGGAGAAUCAUCCCUCCAUUGUGCCAGUUCUGAUAGUGAUUCUAUUAAAGUCUUCAUCCGUGUGCGACCUCUGACCCAUGGCACCGGGCUGACCACGGAUGGAGACCAGAACCUAUGUCUCACAGUCACAUCACCCAACACCAUCCGUCUGCUAUCAAAGCCAGAGCCGCGGACCUUCACUUAUGAUCAUGUUGCUGACAUGGAUACAUCUCAGGAUUCUGUAUUCAACAUUGUGGCCAAGAACAUUGUUGAAUCCUGUAUGAAUGGGUAUAAUGGAACCAUAUUUGCAUAUGGGCAAACCGGCUCUGGAAAAACGUUCACUAUGCUUGGCCCAUCGGAGUUGGAUAACUUCACAGAUGAAAUGAGAGGGGUUAUUCCUCGCAGUUUUGAGUACCUGUUUUUCCUCAUUAACAGAGAAGCAGAGAAAUCAGCAAAGUCCAAGAAUUUCCUUUGCAAGUGUUCAUUUAUUGAGAUAUACAAUGAACAAAUUUAUGACCUGUUGGACACGGCGUCUGCCAGCCUUUUUCUACGAGAAAACAUUAAAAAAGGAGUGUUUGUUGAGGGAGCUGUGGAGAAGUUUGUCAGCUCUGCAGCAGAAGCCUAUCAGGUUUUGUCUACGGGCUGGCGCAAUCGACGCGUGGCCUCCACUUCAAUGAACCGCGAGUCUUCAAGGUCUCACGCCGUGUUCACGAUGACGCUGGAAUCCAAGGAGACGAAAAAUGAGGUGGUGAACAUCCGAACAUCUCAGCUGAACCUUGUUGAUCUGGCAGGUUCUGAGAGACAAAAAGACACGCACACAGAGGGUUCCCGACUCAAGGAGGCCAGCAGCAUCAAUCGCUCCCUCAUGUGUCUGGGCCAGGUGAUUAUGGCACUGGUGGACGUGUCCAAUGGGAAGAACCGUCACAUCUGCUACCGGGACUCUAAGCUCACCUUCCUUCUCCGGGACUCUCUUGGUGGAAAUGCCAAAACUUACAUCAUAGCCAAUGUUCACCCUGGCUCAAAAUGUUUUGGGGAGACAUUAUCCACUUUGCAUUUUGCGCAGAGAGCAAAGCUGAUAAAAAACAAGGCGGUUAUCAAUGAAGACACACAGGGAAACGUGAGGCAGCUGCAGGCUGAAGUGAGGAAACUGAAAGAGCAGCUUGCACAGGUGCAGGGAUAUCAGGGAGUCCAGCAUUCCAGAGAUGUAGCUCCUGGAGGACCUGAAUUCUCCAUGGGUCUAUCUGUUGAAAAUGUUCAAGAUCCGCAAUAUCAAGCAAAGUAUAUGAGUGCUGUUCGACUGUGGAAAAAGACGGAAGAGGAAAGAAAGAUGCUGCUGAAGAAAGUGGCUCAGCUCGAGGAGGCAUGGACGCAAAAAGACAGAUUCAUUCAUUCCAGCAGAAUGAUAAUCCGCUUUCGAGAAGAUCACAUUUCUCGGCUUGAAAAAAAGAUGAAGGCAGGACAAACCUCCUUGUCAGACACUGAGUCUCAGGCUGUGGUUGACCAGUUGAAGGAGGAAAUAAAGAUUCUGAGUGAUCAGGUUGAGCAUCAUCCAAAAAUGACUCGAUAUGCAGCAGAGAAUUACAGCCUCAGAGAAGAAAACCGUCAACUGCGCUCUCUUGAUUCUGUCAUGAAAGCGGAAGAGCAUGCUGCCCAUAUUGCUGCUGAGCUGGAAGAAGUCCUUCAGAGGACCACUGAGUCAGAAAGACUCCCUGAGUCUUCAUCAGUUUCAUCCAUUUCUGUGGCAGCCGUUUCUGCAGCUGCUGUUGAGAAGCUGAACGCUAAACUUCUGCAGAAACAGUCGGACCUAAUGGCUGCCCUCCAAGCCUUUGAAGAGUACAAAGACGUCACCAAGAACCAGUUGUCCAAGUUGGAGUCUGAGAAAAGAUACCUGGAAAAGUCUAACAGGCAUCUGGAAAACAUUUUGGAAGCCACACAUGCUUGUAAAAAGCAGGAAGUGUCCGAACUAAACAGAAUUCACGUUGAAACUUUAAAAAUCCUCACCACACCCACCAAAGCGUACAACCUCCGCUCCCGCCUGGUGCCGCUCUGCAGCCCGGAACACCUGAACGGGAAUGCUGGGGACGGAGACAACAUUUGGACAGAGCAGCCUCCAUCAGACAUGGCUGAAAUGGCCUUGACAGAGGAGCUGCGCCAAGUGCAAGAUCAAGCAAGUCGCGUUCAGACACAGUUAGAUGAGGAGGAGCUGAAGAACAGCAAGCUAAUGCAGCAAAUUGCAAAACUAGAGGAGCAAAUUGAUGUAAUGUCCAAAGAGUCGAACCACAAGGAUGAGAUACUUGCAGUUGAAAAGAUGAAUAAAACCAGAGACCAGCUUGCCUUUGAAGAAACCAUAAACAACCUGCAAAAAAGGCUUCAGUCUGAACAGCAAGCAGCAGAGGUCCUGAAGAGUGAGAUUUGUGAUUUACGCCUGAUCCUACAGUCUUCAGACAAGGAGCUGGCCUCUGUCAAGAGCCAGCUCAGAGAGCGUCAGACUGAGCAUCAGCAGGAGAUAAGUCAGCUCUCCAGCAGUCUAAUCGGCACACAGCUCCAGCUCGACAAAGUCCAGCUUGAGUGGGAGCAGCUUUUGGAACAACAUCGAACUUUACAGGAUUCCUUUGACCAGUUGCACGCUGAGUCCAAAUUUGACACGGAUCAGGCCAGACAGCAGCUGCAGGACCGACAGCAGGAGAUUGAUGGACUGAAAGCUGAGGUGUUGAAUUUGAAAAAUUCCUUGGAAGCCGAGCAAGCACACACAAACAGUCUGAUCUCCCAGUUGCAAGAAAAAGAAAGCUCAUCAAAAGAACUCAUUGAAACUGUGGAGCAGAACACACAACUCAGAAAACAAGUUUCAGACCUGACAGUGAAAAAUCAGCAACAGUUGUCCAAACUUGCUGAUCUGGAGCAGAAUUUAUCCACAGCCAAUGAGAGAAUGAAAAGCCUGGAGCAGAAGACUGAACAGGACAAAGAUGUCCUUUUAGACCUCAUGAACCAAAUCCGUGACCUCCGCAGUGAAUUGAGCCGGAAGGAGGAAGCCUUCAGCCACGUGUCUGGAGACGUCAAAGACAUUACAGCCAAAUAUAACGCUGCUUGCCUAGAAAGGGAAAACCUCAGAGAACAAAACUGUAAGAUGCAAACCGAAAUCUGUGACCUUAAAGAAAGUUUAGAGAGGAGUGUGGCGUCCAACAAAAUAGAGGUAGAGGUUCUGCAAGAGGAAAUAACUUAUGCAACAGAGGAGGUUGACAGGCUCACCAAAGUCUUAGGAGAGCAGGACGGCCUCCUUCAAGCCUCACAGGAGCAAGUCGCUCAGAAAGAGUCCAUCAUAAAGAGCUUAAAGCAAAAGGUUCAACAGCAGCAAGAAGCCGUCGAGAAAACCAUAAGAAAUGGAGUUUUUAAACCUGCUGAGCUGAUGGUCACACCGAAGUCAAUCCCUCCAACUCCUACUACUCCAGGCAGUUUCAGCAGAGAUCUGACGCAAAUGUUGGAGAGCCAAGAACGCGAGCUGGAAAGUAGGCGUUCCUCUAUGAUAACCAUGGAGGUUCUUCUAGCAGAACUGAACGCUGAGAGAUCCGCAAAGAAUGAGGAAAUCCUGAGGCUUAAGGAGGAACUGGCUAAUAAAGAAACUGUUCAAAUGGAGAUUCAGGGUUUGCUUGACUCGUUCUACACCAAGCAGGACCAGCUGAUCAGAAAUGGAAAUGAUUCUUGUAAGAAUUUCAAUGAAGCCAUCGGUCAGUCCUUGCUGAAAGAACUGGAAGAGGAAAGAGCAGAGAAGAGCAAAAUAAAGCAGAAACUUUAUGACACCCAAAAAAGACUACAGGCACAGGAGUCUUUGUUGGCCCAGACUCAGACGUGUGUCCAAGAACUGACCAAUGAGGUGAAAAACCGUUGUCUGGAGUUAAGAGAAAUGAGUCUCAGGAUAAAUGAUGAGGAGAAACUGCUGCAGGAAAAUGAGGUUCUUCGUAAGCAAAACAUAAAGCUCUCAGAGGAGAAUGGAAAACUUGUGGGGCACAAGAACCACAAACAGAGGAUUGAAUAUCUGGUUAAACUGAAAAAGGACAACACCCGACUUCAAGAGGAAAAUGAAAAGCUGCGAACAGAGAUUUCAUUGAUGCGAGACAACACAGAGGAUCCACAGAUGGAAAUGAUUUUGGCCUCCUGCAAAAAUCUUUCGUAGAUCAAAAAUGUCUAUUUUUUUCAAAACUCUGUAAAGGUUUUUUUUUUACUUUUAUUUUAAAAAUAGAAGUACUGUUGAAACUUGGUGAAAUGUUAAAAUGUAGACAUGUAUGCUCAGCUUUUUAUGAAAAAUUGUCUGCAGCUGUUUGGUUUUUCAUUGUCAUUCUGCAUGUGUAGGUACAUUUGUCUGUUGGCUGCUUUUCUCAGUGUUCUGGUUUAAUGAUACAGUUCCCCAUCUAAACUAAAAUGUACAGACAGUAGUUUGAGGUAUUACUUUCUUUUUCUUGCUUUUUUGUUGUUGUUUUUUUAGGGGGGGGGGUGUACUUAUUAAAAAGCAGUCUCCUA